GUGUCAAUAUUCCCGGGGUCAGAUGUUGAUUAGCAGGGAAUGACGUAGCAGGGAAACAAGCCCUGCCUGCCAGCAAUUCAAGGGGGGACUGUUUUUCGACAGAUUUUCUUCAAUUUUCGGUCCGUUUUGUGUCAAGACGCCAAAUUAGCGAUGGCGGAGACAUCCAGAGAGGUUUCAGAAGACAACAGCGGUUUAAACGUUGGCAUUAUGGAGGGUAGCAGAAGGAUGUCAGGGGCCGAUAAUGAAGACUCAUGGGUGGAGCUCCACUACGCUAACAGCGGAGAUCAACAACAACAGCAGCAGCAGCAGGGGACUAACGGAAACCUGACGUCUCCACACAACGGCAACAUGGAGAAGCUGCUGAUAGAAGCACAGCAUGAGUCGCCCAGAAACAGCUCCAGGGGCAGCAGCAGCCCCAGAAGUCCCAACAGCCCACCCCUGCCAGUGAAUGGUAGUGACCAUGAAAUGGGAAGUCUGAACGGCUCCAAUGGACACAGUGAGAAGUCCCAGUCUGAGACAGGCAGCAGUAACAGUGCCAGUCUGCCCCCCCUGCCGGAGCGGAACACUGCCGAGUGGAUAUGGGACUGGUCAUCACGGCCCGAGCAAAACCCACCCAAGGACUGGGAGAAGAAGCUGAAGCACCCCAAGCACCGGCUGAGCAUGAGGCACACCAAGGCUAUGAAGAGUGAUGCUGCUGACUUCCUGACUCUGUACUUCAAGGCUCUGGUCAUCAGCCAUCUAGCUGUGCUGGGCAUUGGGAUUGGCAUUGGGAUCUACCUCGGCCAUCGGCACAUUGGCUCCAGCACCUUUUGAGGAUACCAUGCAAAACAAAACAAAAAUGCAAGUCCGCCCGAUAGCUUGCAGAGAACAUGUACAGCUUUAACUGUAAUGUGACAUUCAUGUUUUAUGACUUUGACAUUGAUAAAGCCACAUCAAUGUGUACAAUUUAGGCCAACUUCUGUCAAAGGGUUGAGAUACUGUUCUUGUAUCUGCACAGCCUACAAGAAAUAAGAAGCUUAAUAUGAGAAGUCCUUAAGCAAUUGAUUCAGUACUACAAGAAAACUGGGAGAGAGGAAGUCUGCAUUCAAUUACAGCUUUUACGGUGAAGCCUCAUUCCGAAAAGGACAAUAUACAUGACUUCUCCAGAGAUAGUUGUAUUUUUGUUUUGUCACUGUUUUAGUUUGCUCUGUCAAUGAUUAUAAUUGUCAUUUUAAAAGGCCUAAGUAUCAUUUUAGGUUACAACAUUGUCAUUAACAAGGGAUAUAGAAUUCCGUCUUAUUUUGAUUUGGUUAAUGGCUUUUGCCUGUAUUUACAGAGAUGUACUAUUAAUGUAUACAUUACGUUUGAGCCGUGUAUAACAUAGAUAUGGUAUGUUAGCAAACUUGUUUCACAUCUCUCUUCAGAUAAAUGUCUCCCAGUCCCUUAUUUUCCAAACCCCUGCAAGCGUAUUGUCCACUGGUGGCCCUUGUAGCUUGCUAUGUGCUGUAGAGUUUGUGAUACAGCUUGACCUUGAUGUGUUGCUACCUAUUCUCUACUUGUAAACCUUCAAAAUGAUAGUGCUUGGGUGACCUUCUUUGCCCCCAGAAGAGUCCACUGUGCACAAUUUAGGAUGGGGGACACUUCAUGGAGGCACAUUGUAAUGGCACUGACUGCUGUCUUCUCUAAGCUUGUUAACCAUUCCCAGAAAGCAAAGAACUUGGUAAUGUGCCUAUUUAUAGAUAUGUAAAUUGGCAGUUUGAUAGGGUAACUUGCACCAUGGAUCGCCUUGUAGAUUUGCUGCAUAAUGGGAAUUUCCUUGUGGUCAUGUCAUUUUAUGCUAUGUCUCAGCUAUUGCUUUGUGAUAAUGGUAUCCUGAUGUAUCGAUGCAUCAAUAGAUAAUUGUACAUGUAAGUAAACUGACAGGAAAUAGUGGUAGACUGAACUGACAGUUGCCAGUGUCAACAUUACUGUUCUAACAAAGCAUCAAAUUGUAAUGCAAACCUUCAUUUGGAUAAUGGCUUGACCUGCAAAGACAUAUGUGUAAUUUUGAUAACCCCAGAGAGAAAUCAGUUCACAUGGUUACAGUUUUGAGACAAAAGUUGAGGAUUUGUACUUGACUGUUGCGGGAGGGAAAGGUGGUGAAAAGUUGGGUGUAAAUAAAGAUGGAAGGCUAA